AACUCCGGUCCUCUCGGAAACAUCGCGAUAGCGUUGAUAUGUUCGCGUUGACAGUUCAGUGAAACAAGUUUCCAUCACUGAUGAUAAGCAAUUUCAUAACAGUCGGGUAAAUUUGCAGUGAAGUAGAAAAUGGCCACAUAUUUCGAUGAGCAUAACUGUGAGCCCACGAACCCAGAAGAACAGUACCGACAGAACGCCCUGCUGGAGCUUGCGAGGUCUCUGAUGCAGGGUCUUGACAUAGACUCGGGUUCAUUUGAUUUGUCGGAUUGGGACCAGCGUCUCCCCCCUCCUGCAGCCAAAGCUGUGGUUCAGAGUCUUCCCAUCGUCAUCAUCUCCUCUGAACAAGCAGCAGAUAAAGCCCUGAAGUGUCCGGUGUGUUUAUUGGAGUUCGAGGAGCAAGAGACUGUGAGAGAGAUGCCUUGCAAACAUCUGUUCCACACAGGAUGCAUCCUGCCAUGGCUCAGUAAGACCAAUUCGUGUCCCUUGUGCCGACUUGAACUACCCACUGACAAUCCAGACUAUGAGGAGUUCAAAAAAGACAAGGAACGGAGAAGACAAAGAGAACACAGACUAGAGGAUCUACAUGGAUCCAUGUACACAUGACCUCAGGACCGUCAAGACUUGAAUAUGAAUUCAACUUUCAGUUUGUUGGAAGUGAGAGUUUACUGUGCAGGGACCAGGCUUUGAAAUGAUUGUGUUUGUGUGUACAUGUGGAAAAAAGAAAAGAAAAACAUAACAAAACAGCAAAGUGUCACUUUUUACAGCAUCACUUUUAAGACUGCUUUGUAUGUUUAUGCACUGUGAACUGUUUGUAUGGAACUGUAUAGCCUUAUAGACACGUUUCUGAUUUUAUUAAAUGCUUUAGUGUGAAAUCGAA